AUGGUGCUUAACCUCGUCCAGCUUGGAGAAAGCCUCGUUUUUGAAACAGGUCAAGAUGUGAUGGCGGGCAACGGUGUAGUAUUGUUUGGAAUGAGCCCUGGAAAUCCAUACUUUAAAUCCCACGUUAUUGAGGACUAUGUGCAAUACUUGGGAAAGGACAAAAGAAGAAUAAUUGUGGUUGUACCACAGCAGCCAGCUGAACAUACGUACAGAGCUCUGGGGAGUAAAGAUGCUGUGAAACGAGCCAAGAAAAACUCCAGUCAGCUCAAGUCGCAUUGCAGAAGAGCUAUUGAUAAGGUAUGUACAGAAAAAAAAUAUAAUACUGUCACUGAUUAAUUCUUGAUACUUUAAGAAAGCUUCAAAAAGUACGUUUAAAUAUCCACCGCAACAUUUUUUUAUUUAUUAUGUUUGUAUUCUAUAAAACUGACGCGCACUCGCUCUCUUUCAUAAGCUGGAUACAAGCUGAAAUUUUAUAUAAUUUUUUUCAUCCGACCUCCUCACAUGUGUCCUCACUGUGAGCUGUGGGUGUCUUUCGCGAAACACGUUUAUUAGUAACAACCGGAAAUGCACUAUUUCGACACUCCCCAAUUGUGCGCAUGCGUGAGUGACGUCACUGACCUGCUUUCUCUCAGUUAAAAACCGUAAUAACUAGUGAGGCUAAUUUCGCAACUUUGGUUAAUCUUGUGUGUUUUACGUACAUGUCGAAAAUGAUAUUUUAAAAUUGGCCAGAAAUAAAACUUUUAUUGACUUUCAGUCAGUAAAAAAAUGAUUUAAUCAAUAACGAUUAUAAAAGUAAAGGAAACAUUAUAAGGUUUCUAACCAGCCCGUAAUAAAUUAAACGCAAGAAAACUUGGAUUUAAAACAAAUUAGAAACUGAAGAUUCCGCCCCCUAAGAAACCGGAAACCGCGCUAGAAAAGUCUCUGGCACCCAGGGUAGCCCCCUGUCUGAAGUGGUAUAAAAUAGUUUUAUCAUUUACAAAACUGAUCUCUCCCUAAGUUAGAUAAGGGGUGUGGAGGGGGAGUAGACUACCAGUAGUCCCCCAUUUUCCCUCGGGAUAGUAGAGCGAGCGAAACGCGAGCGCGCGUUAAAAUCACUAAACGCGAGAAAAGGCGACACGCACUCAUUUUUCUAGACUGCGAGUAGUCUCUCUUUUUCUUCAGAUUUAGUGAGAGCAAUGCACGCGCGCGGGAGCGGCGAAGCCGCGAGACUCUCUCCCCACCGCAAGUCGCCUUUUCUCGCGUGGGGUGAUUUUCACGCGCGCUCGCGUUUCGCGCGCUCUACUAUCCCUGAGGAAAAAUGAGGGACUACUCGUAGUCUAGAGGGGGAGGAGCUAAACUAAUAUUGCAACUUUUUUCACGAUUCAAAGAUUAACGUGUCGACCUGCGGCCGGCAUGAAGCAUCUCCGCCGCACGUAAGUUAAAAAAAAACACGCUGUACCCACGGUUAGAGAAAUAAUAAUUUUACGGCUUUUCAUCAUUCAGUAUGGAUUAAAUCAUUAUUUUCUACCGCUGAACAGGUGUCCAAGACUGAUGAUAUUGCUGGAGAGUUUUAUAUGUUGGACUGGACUUCGGAGGUAGACAAACAUGAAGCUUACAUUGCAGCCUUAGACUAUAUCAUCAGUUUUUACAAAAGUAACUCUUACUUUCGCCAGGACGUCGCACGAUCGACCGCAAAAGUGUUAGGAAAAGAUUCUACAUCAUCUGAGAGUGAAUCAGGUAAGCAAGAGAAGCGGAAUAUCGAUGUUUUAAAAGUGGAAUUAUCUAAACUUUUUCGGUUUCCAUUUCUUGAGUUGUCUUAUCACUUCUCGGUCAAUGGACUUUGAAACACGGAUCCGUUUCUGUUUACACCAAAUCUACGGUUUAAAACCCCUUGCGAAUGGUUGUCGAGGCUUCGACGCACAAUUUCCCAGGAUUCAGGACUAAAGAAACAAAAAAGUUGAGCCAACCGGUGUACAGACUAUGUUAAGAGCAUGAAAAGUGGUGGACUUCCCGCCACAUGAGUAGAUCUCCGUGAUUUAAGCAUUUUUGUUUUUGUGCAUCUGUUUUCUUCCGUUUUUCUCCAGCCAUAAAAUCUUGUCAUUCCUUGCUAUCGUUCGGUUGACUGGCAGUUUACUCGAUUUCUAUGCGUGACCCCAAAAAACGGGGCAGGGGAGAGGUGGAGAUAAACUCAGUACAUGUACCAAGAUUUGCCUUUCGUUGCAUAACGCUUUAAAUACUCUCCCGGUGGGGUACGCAACAACGUUUUAUACGGGGAGGCUCCAAACCCUUACCCUUGUAUAUACUAUUUCUGACAAAAAAGGUGCCCCUUUUGUAUACCUUUUUAUUGACAAAUGCUACCCCUUUCACAUACCUAGUUUACACCUUUGCAUCCCUUUUAACUGCCGUAAAUGAACUGUAUUUACUAUAUAAAUACAGUUGAACCUCCCCUCAAAGGCCUGGUCGUUGUAGACAGAUGGAAAGUGUGAAGAGGUGGCCGUUAGUGGAAGUUGGACUGUAAAUUACAAAUCUAGAAUGUUUUCUCGACUUUUUUUACAGCCAUAAAACGUGACUGUUAGCCCUUUUGGAGCUUUUUACAAACUGAAAUGACAGAUUUCCCUAUCCUUUUAUAUACUUCAACUUCCAAAUUCCAUACCCUUUUAUAUAGCAAUGAUAUAUCUGAAGCCGGAAAAAGGUACCUCUUUUGGGCGGAGCCUCCCCCUAUAGGCCAUUAUAGGAAGGUCCAACCCCCCCCCCCCCCCCCCCCACAGUAUACUCUUCAAUGAAGACUGACCAAGUCCUACUUUUAAACUUUAGAAUCCUCAGAUUCUGAGCUUGAAGAUAACGAAAGUGUGCAAGAAGGAGUUUACUACCUCCUGAAAGAACUAGCCUUCAUUAUCUCCAGCAAAGAGAUGUUCAGAACCGAAAGUGUGGCAGUUAUUUAUCAUCGCAGCUGGCCUGUCUAUGAGAAAUUUGUAAAUGGAGAUUAUGAUGGAAAGCCAAAAGAAGGAUUGGGACUUGCAAUCAUCAACUAUGAUCUAGUGUAA